CAGUUCAGGGUAUCAUGGCGCAGAGGAGGCCAGAGAGAUCCGCGGCAUCAAAGUUUCAUUUCGGCUCGGUUUGUAAGCUGUUAACACCUUCUACUCUGUAAAGAUUAUAACAUCCGACGAGGACAAACACCGAUGCUAACAGCAUUCUGAGCACAACCACCGGAAACUGAGACACCCAGAGAGAGGCGAGAUGGAAAAGCCGGUCUUACAGACGCAACCAUCCACCCUGCCUUUUUUCGACACGGCCCACGCCUUCAACCUGCUGCGGGGUAUCCAUGAACUCCGCGCCGAACGAAAGUUUUUCGAUGUGACUUUGUGCGCCGAGGGCCGCGAGUUCCACUGUCACCGCACGGUGUUGGCCGCCGCCAGCACCUACUUCCGGGCUAUGUUCGCCGGGACGCUGAGGGAGAGUGUUAUGGACCGCGUAGUUCUGCAUGAGGUGUCAGCUGAGCUUUUAGGUCUGCUGGUGGACUUCUGCUACACGGGACGAGUCACCGUCACUCAGGAUAACGUGGACCUCCUGCUGAAGACGGCCGAUCUGUUUCAGUUCCCGUCUGUCAAAGAGGCCUGCUGCGCUUUUCUGGAGCAGCGGCUGGAUGUUUCCAACUGCUUAGAGAUCCAGGACUUUGCGGAAGCCUACGCUUGCCGAGAGCUGGCGGUCAGCGCGCGACGCUUUGUCCUCAAAAACAUAAUGGAGCUGGCUAAAGGGACGGACUUUGAGAGGUUGCCGUGGAAGCGCCUCCUCGAGUUUGUGUCAGAUGAUGAGCUAUGUGUGGACAAGGAGGAGACGGUUUAUCAAAUCGCGGUGCGUUGGGUGAAGGCCGACCUUCAGCGGAGACUGCACUACUGGCCCGAGCUCCUCCAGCAGGUCCGCCUCCCGUUCGUCAGGAGGUUCUAUCUGUUGGCUCACGUGGAAAGCGACCCGCUCGUCUACCUUUCACCCACCUGCCUUCGCAUGGUGAACGAAGCCCGUAGCUUCCAGUCCUGUGAGUAUGACCGCCAUGACAGGCCCUGCCACCGCAUGCGGCCACGGCCAUCCACGGGACUGGCAGAAAUCCUGGUGGUGGUGGGAGGCUGCGACCAGGACUGUGAUGAACUGGUCACGGUGGACUGUUACAACCCACAGACUGGACAGUGGCGCUACCUGGCUGAGUUCCCCGACCACCUCGGAGGAGGCUACAGCAUAGCUGCCCUUGGAAGUGACAUGUAUGUCACAGGUGGCUCCGACGGCUCCCGCCUCUAUGACUGCGUGUGGCGCUACAAGUCCAGCGUGAACGAGUGGACGGAGGUGGCGCCCAUGCUGAAGGCCCGUGAGUACCACAGCUCCUGCGUGCUGAAAGGUCAGCUCUACGUGGUGGCGUCGGACAGCACCGAACGCUACGACCACGCGCUGGACUGCUGGGAGGCCUUACCGCCGAUGCUGCACCCCAUGGACAACUGCUCCACCACCACGUGCGCCGGACGCCUGUACGCUAUCGGCUGUCUGACCGGAGAGGACACCAUGGCCAUCCAGAGCUAUGACGCAGACACCAACCGCUGGUCCAUGGUCAACUGUGGACAGAUCCCCCCGUGGUCCUUCACACCGAAAACUCUGACCCUCAACAGACUCAUCUACUUUGUGAGGGAUGAUUCAGCCGAGGUUGAUGUUUAUAAUCCUCAAAAGAACGAGUGGGACAAAAUUAGUCCGAUGAACCAGGUUCAUGUUGGAGGCAGUGUGGCAGCCCUGGGCGGUAAAUUAUACGUGUCUGGCGGUUACGACAACACGUUUGAGCUGUCAGACGUGGUGGAGGCGUACGACCCGGCAACCCGCACAUGGACUCUUGCUGGACGACUACCUCAGCCCACCUUCUGGCAUGGCAGCGUCAGCAUAUUCCGUCAGUUCAUGCCCCUAGUGUCCAGUGCAUUCGAACCUGUUGACGUACCCGAGACAAACGCCAUUAACCUCCACCGGCACCAGCGUCACCAGGCGCUCAACAAUCUCAACAUCAAUCUCAACCAGAACCAGGACGUGAACCCAGCGCACUGAGUUUGGACUCUUUCGAUCUGUUCCCCCUCGUUGUACCAUCAGUAGUUUACUGUGAAUUUACCUCAUCACAAUGCUAAAGCUGUGUUAAGUUAAAGUGUCAAGCUGUCGUACUGAAAAAGGCUUCUCGUUUGGGGCUGUCUCUUUAGGUUAGCGGCUGUCUGCUGCUCUCUAUCAGAGGUGUGGAAGUUAAAGGCACCCUGUAGAGAGAAAAGUCAUGUUUACAUUGAAUAUUACUCACCAAAACACAUUGUGUGUAUCCUUUGAGCUCUAACAAUAGCGUUGAAUGCAUUUUCUUCCUCAAAAACAUUUGCAAAGCCUAAUUUUGAAGUAUUUUUGUUUACUAGCUUGCAGUCUUCUUCUUUCCUGCCUUUGUUGGCGCAUGUCUGCUUUUCUUGGCUCAUUGCAGCUGCUUGUAGAUCCUGGCAACAGCGUGAAAACCACUGGAAGGAUCGUGUAUUGCAUCAUCUGUGUGCACUUGCAUGAGACCCUCUCAUAACAAGCUGGACCGUGUAUGAAUUUGAAAUGGAUACAGUAAGUGGUGGCAUUCGGCUGACCAAUGGUGUAACUCAGUUACUCAGUUAGGCACAUUUGUGUUUAUAGUGCUGGCCCUGCUGUUGCUCCAACAGCGCUACUAGAGGUCAGAAACUCCACAGGGUGCCUUUAAACAGAUGUGUAUUUCCCAAAGCAAACAGUUAGUUCUCAUUAUUGAAGUCCUUUCUCUUGUAAAACAGAAAAUGCAAGAUUGCAAGCUUAUUUCUCACUUGUCCAAGUAGGUUUUCAAGUACGGUGUUUACUUUGUCUCAUUCUGUUGUGCCAAGCUGUGACGGGCUUAUCGCUGUCCCCAUGACGCCCAGAGAGAAGAAAACAACCACUGCAACUACGAGUGAUGAGAACUAGAGCUGCAGUGAUUAAUCGAUCAGUCGAUUGACAGACAAUUAUUUAAGAAAGAUGUAUCAAGAGCAACUGGAUUUAUGUGCUCUUGACUCAACCCUUCUGGAUAUAUGUUAUUAGAAGUGAUCUCAAACAGUUUGUUUCUGUGUUUAUAAGAGAAAAAACUUCAAGGAUGAGGACUAACUGAUUAGUUUAACAAAGGCACAUCUGGUUAACUUCACUGCCUUUGAUAAAGUGCACAGCUGCUUCCCUAAACCUUUCCCUAUGAGAGUCUCCCACACGGUGGAUGAGACAGUCUCCAAUGAGGCUGGGUGUUUCUAUGUAUGGACAUGUCUGUUAGCUGUGGAUCACUGUGGAUUUAUAUUUUUUUUACUACAAACACAGUAAAUUUAAAUUUGAAGAAGCCAAAUAUUUGGUAAGAAACGGCAAUAAUCUGUGUACAUUCCAAAAAACUGUCGACAAUCAUAAUUGAUAUGAACACUAAUCACAGAUUAGACGGCUUAACUGAAACUUACCAGGAGAGAUAUUCUGCACUCCAGGGUGUGCUGAGAAAGCUGCAGAAUUUCAGGAUGGUUGCAUGUGACGUGAAUUUGUACCGGGUUGAUACACUAUUGCUUGUGAUAAUUAGCAUCUCCUUUUCUUCCCCCUUGACCCUUAAACAGGACUAGAUCUGCCUUUAUAACCAACAGAUUAAUGUGCAUGAAGUAUUUUCUUUUAAAUUUGUAUUUAUGGAUGUUUUACAGUUUUGUAUUUUUAUUUAUAGAUAUAUAUAUAUAUAUGUGCUGUGGUUGCAUAAGAUGUCCCUGCCUAUCAGUUGCAACAAGAUUAAGUGACACUAUGUUGGAAAUGGGUCGGCAGUCAUAACUGGAAGUGCAAAAGAAUCUCAAUUAGCUUUCAUGUAAAGUUAUUUUAGCUUUAAUGGGAAUGGUGUUUCUGAGUGUUUUCAUGGUAAAGUUAACGCAGCGUUGUUUUCUUAGUUUUCAUACAAAUUUGUGAUGUUGAAUCUGUUUUGUAAAUACAGUAUAUUCUUAAUCUUAUGUACUGUGUUUGUAUGAUGUUUUAUAGUGUGGUUAGCAUAAAUUAAACUGCAGACAGGUCUGAGAGUUUAUUCUGCUGAGUCAUGGUUGAUGAGCAGUUAGCAAGUCGCUAAUGCUAACAUAUUUCUUGUAAACAAUGGAAAGUAGAUGCUGCAGAGUGUGAAAAGACAAUAAAUGCAUCAUUUUUUUUUAUAAAUAGCAAGAGUAAGCCAACGUGUUCACCUAUAAAGCUGUAUAUUUUAACAAAAAUCAUAAACCUGUGUAGCGUUUUAAUUCCAAAGAAGGAUAUUCUGAUAUCUGUAAAGGGGACAUAUAAUGCUUUUUGUGAUUUUCUGUUUUAUAUACUGUUAUGACAUGGUUAAACCUCGCAAGUGUUCAUGUA